AGGCCGGGCGUUGGUGGCAGAGUGGCAGCAGUAACACUGUGUUUGUCCCAGACAGUUUCCAAGAUACCUGUCAAGAGCCCAAGCACGGUCUGCACCUGGUCCAGCAGCAGCUUCCGUAACUCCUCCUUCCGAGCCACACUGAGGUCCUCACGGGGACAAGCUAGCUCUUCCGAAGUUGUUUUCAACAUGAUCAGUCCAAGGGGGGUUGUCACAGGGGACUGGAUCAACGGUAAAAUAUUAGUGAAAAAGUCAUGGUAGAACACGGGCCAAUCUUGGCGUCCAAUAUCAACAAUAACUUUGCAGAGUUUGUUCCGGAUAAAGUAAGGUAAGGUUUUAUGGUGGUAAACUUCUCAAUGUAGCUCUCAUCGAGCUCCUCUAGCCUGCUCUUCACCGUGUGGGCAUUGUUAUCCUUGGUGAUUUUUUGCAGGAGGUAGAAGGUUUGCUGGAACAUUCGUAAUAAGUACUCCUCAAAUUCCACAGGCACACAGUUCUUGGACAUGAGCUCCCUGCUGCAGGCUGUGGGCCGUUUAGCUGAGUACUUCACUGGGGAUGUGUUUGCUGCAAGGUUCACCGAUGCUCUCACAGUCGUGGAGAGGUUGGUCAAAGUUACUCUGUACGGAUCUCAGAUAAAACUGUACAACAUUGAAACAGCUGUGCCGUCAGUAUUGAAACCUGACCUCAUUGACGUGCAUGCCCAGUCACUUGCUGCUCUCCAGGCCUACUCCCACUGGUUGGCACAGUAUUGCAGUGAAGCCCAUCGACAGAACACACAGCAGUUUGUGACACUCAUCUCUACCACCAUGGAUGCCAUCACGCCUCUCAUCAGCACCAAGGACAGACAUGGAGUUCCCUGUGUGGCCAUUCUUCUACAGAUUUCACCUCAGCAAUGGCUGUUUCACAACCAGCAGGAAAACAUCUGCCUUCCAUAAGUUCCCAGGCUGCAGCCAAGUGACUGGAAUUUUCCUUCUUCAGCUAGCCAGGAGCAUCCAGGCCCUGGGCUGGAAAGCUCCUCCCUCCUCCACCGACCACCAAAGAAAAACCCAGUUGCCUCUGUUUCCAGCCUCUGCAACUUUGUAUCUAGGGGGCGGGGAAGGCAUGUGUUUCAUUAGAGGUCCUCGCAGUGAGGCCUGAGGCCGGAUUUAGGGUUGUUCAAGGGGUGUGAGAGUGGAGGGCUGU